AUGCCUCGAGCUUCCAGCAACAUUCGAAAGGGUGAAAGUGCUCAGCGCUUCGUUUUCCUCGACUUGGACUCUCUUCUUGCAUCUGUUCGUGCUCAUGUCCUAAGUCAUGAGUCCCAGUUUCAUACAGAACUUGCUCUUUUUUCAUCUGAUGUUUCCUUAAGCCCCGAGCAUCUUACGGUACUUUUAAACGAUCAACAACCGGCCAAAAUUCAGUGUUGGAAAGGCACAUAUUGUGCCAAUCCCAAUGCAGCUGAAGCUAAAGCCCUUCAAGCGGUUCGUACUGAUGGUGGUUUUGUCAUUAAUUGGCAACUUACACAGAAAGGAACCCCACAACAUCCUACACUUGAAAAAAUGCUUAAACGUCAUUUAACCAAGACAACAUCAUCAGGUGGUGAAAAGACGCUUGUACUCGCUACAGGUGCUCUGUCUACCAGUCUUCGAAGCUGUGUUGAAGCCUAUUUGACAGCGCAAUGGCACGUUCAACUUGUGACUUUACAAUCGUGCUACAAGAAAAGUGACUGGCAAUUGAAGGGCUUUGACACGUUGAACGUGAAAUUCAUUGAUAAAUAUCUUAACAAGUUACUUACAGGACGUCCAGGAGGACGAACAAUUUGUGAUCAUCGAAAAGGGAACACGUCACCGACUCUUCAACCAGAACAACGUUGUACUAGCACGGGAAGCAGCUGUGCUAGUCCAGUUAAAACAGCAGUUGAGACCCCAUCAGUUCCACUGGAUUAUACUCAAGAAAAGAAAGCAGCCAUGCUGAGACAAGAAAUGGACGAUAUUCAACGACGUCGAGCUAAACUUGCAUCACUCCCUAGUGGAAAAUAUGCUAUUGGCCAUCGAAAGCGACAUGUCUUUAUGAAUCUUGACAAUAUUGCCGGUGCUGUCUGCAAUAGUCAAUGGCUGUAUCAACGUGUAGAAGGCGCUACAAGCGGCUACGACGUACGUCUGAAUUUUCGAGAAUUGACGGAUCGGGUGUGUGGGACGCAAACGACUUAUGUAAAACGCAGACUUGCGGCGUAUCGAAAGAUGCCCCGGGAAUUGGCACUGCCAUUGCAGGAAUUCAACUGGGAAAUUAACGCUUUAAGUCAGAGCUUUAGUGGAAAUAAAGGACUGUACUAUGUACUGCUGGAUUUGUUGGAGACUUCUGGAUCGGCUAAGCAUAGGAAUACGCUUGUGCUCGUGAUGGGUGAUGGUGCUCUUGGAGGGAGUGGAGUGGAACAGAAAGAAGCUACGAAAGAAUUGCUGAGUAAAUUCCUUGAAAAAAACUGGUUUGUAGAAAUCCACUCGUGGUUGCAUGCACUGAGUGAUUGGUUCCUGGAGAUACAGGAACAAUAUCCGUAUCGUGUUGCGGUAAAGCCUUUGGAUGAUGCUAUUAACGGCUUAGUUUACUUAAAGCAAGCAGAAGAAGGGGUGUGGGAGGAACCAGUUUUGUCGGGCAGUCAACAUGGAUCAACAAAUUCAGUACAAGCGAGCUCACCAGUGCUUCGACCUUUAACUGCGCCAUCCGCGUGGGACUCUACUACAAUUCCCUCUUCAUCUUUGUUCCCUACGGCGCCGUUCUUAACGUUGGAGCAGAAGAUGGAGCAGAAGAUGGGACAGAGAAGAAAGCUGGAAGAUGAGCGCAAAGAUUUACUCGAACGUUUACGUAAGAAUCAAGAAGCGAUGGAUGUGCUCGAGCUGGAAACGUGGUCGAUGCAGAUCUUACAGCAGCAAGAGCUAACCCGAGUGGCGCAGCAGGGGAGCGAUAAGCAUUUGGCCAUCCGCAUGGCAGAAGAGGAAGAAAUGCAGCUGAGGCUUUUGCAAGAGUACGAAAAGUCCCAAGAAGAGGAGCUAUGGAAUUGGAAUUAG